GGAGAAUGACAGGGCAGAGGACCCGGAUGUUGCUGGGGGCGGAGCAGUUCCGGCUGGUUGCGAGAUGGGGUUAGAUGCGCAGCCCUCCAAGCCACCCCUGGAGCAGGAAGGGGUCCAGUUCUUUCAGGACACAGUGGGCUUGCUUUUUGCAGACUAUGGCUGGUACAUCCUCUUGAGUUUCAUUGCUAUUUAUCUGCUUAUACAAAAACUUGCCAAAGGCUUUCAAGGCAUCAGAGGGCCCCGCAUGGAUGCAACAGCUGUUGAACCCGAUGCUGUGGUGAGACGCCAAGAAGCUCUGCUAGCAGCCCGUCUGCGGAUGCAAGAAGAGUUGGAUGCACAAGCGGAAAAAUUCAAAGAAAAACAGAAGAAGGUUGAAGAGGAGAAGAGAAAACAAAAGAUAGCCAUGUGGGAAAGCAUGCAGGAAGGCAAAAGUUUCAAGGAGACGCUUAAACAGAACCAGGAACCUGAGCCUGGAGCUUCCGCGUCGGCCGCUGUCCCAAAACCCAAACCCAACAGGAAACCUCUACAAGGUGGUGGUUACAACCCCCUGUCUGGAGAAGGUGGCGGACUUGCUCGUGGAGACCGGGACGCCGCGGCCCUUCCUCGGGCGGAUGAGGCUAACUCUGCUGGGGUUUUCUGUUGACGCCGGCAGGCAUUAACUUAACCCCACAACGGUGGCUGUCUAUGGGUUGCUUGUCAUGGGGACUUGGGGGUGGGGAGGGUUGGAUUGGUACCAUAACGGCCUCAAAGGUGUGUGAAACCAAAUAGUUUUCAUGUAACUCAUAACGCGCAUGGCAGGCGUUGACAGGAAGCGAGCGAGGCGGCCUGGGGGGCUGGCUGCUGCUGCUGCUGUUUUCCUUUCAGAGGGGCCUUGUGGCUUUGCCCGUUAGUCAGGAUGACAGGCUUUUCUUUUGAGAGACGAGACUCUACACCAGACUGCUUUUCUGUGAAAUGGGAAUGUUACCCAGCUACCGUGCAAAAAGGGUUGCGGCUAACCUUCCUGCUACAAGUGGUUUGGACUCUGCUUGGGAAAAGCCUGUUUGAGAGGGUAGAGGGCACGCCUCCCCCUUCAAAAGUAAGCUUCCGACGCCAAAGCUGGAGACUUCUCAGAGUAAUGGGAUAAACAAACAUUGAGGUGAGGGGUGCAGUUGGGUGGAAGUAAUGCUGAGGUUAGAAAUCUGCAGAAGGACACCACUUUUGAUGUUGCUCCUGCGUGUGUCUCCUGCCUGCAAUUUCCUAACUGACUCUGCCAUGCGAACAUCCUGUUGGCAAAUGUCACCAGUUGUACCUUGAGGUCAUGUGGCAUGAUUUCUUUUAUUUUAUUUUGAGCUUGGCUUUGUGCAGGAGUGGGGAACCUGUGCCUCUCCAGAAGUUCUUGCUGCACACCCAUCAGCCCCAGAGAAAUACAAGAAAUACACAUUCUGUUAUAUGGACCGAAAGCAAAUUAAAACAAGUCACACAAUAUCUAACAUAUGUCAGUUUAAAACAUAAUGCCUGUUUUAUAUACAGUAGGGCCCCGCUUACCGGCACUUCGCUUUCCGGCGUACCGCUAAUGCGGCGGCGGGAUAUCCCCCAUUUUAAAGCCAGUUUUGCGCUUUUGCGGCAUUUUCGUGUGACGCGCCCCAUUAUACUCAAUGGGUUCCACUUUACAGCGGCAGUCCGGAACAGAACCUGCCAUAUAAGCGGGGCCUGCCUGUACACUCAAGAUAGAAACAAGCCAAGAUAACGAUUAAAUUGACAUAAUCUCUUCACAGGUCUUUGCAGCAGAAAAGAGAAAACUAGCAAGGUGUUUCUGACAUUAUUUUGUUGGUGUCAGCCAAUAAGUAGGACAAAUACCAUGCAAAAGCCCUUCCUGGAUGUUUUAAUAGGAUGGGAGUAAAUAACCUGUUUUGCUCAUCUCUGUAAAACCCCCUGUUAGUUGUUCUAUCUCUCGUGUAAAUGAAAAGAGUGUUGCAUGAAAAACACUUGAAACCAGCGCCUUCCCAGUCCUGGUCCACUUCACAUCAUGUCCAGCGGUCAUGGAUAAUGGAAGUUGUAGUCCAGCAACCCCUGGAGAGCUACAGGGUCCCCAGCCUUGCCUUUGUGGGUUCGCGGCAUCCAUGGUUGAAGUUCUGGAUGCAGAUGUCCCCGUACCAAGCACCACUGGAUGAUGCAGUCCUCAUAAAUGGUGAGCACACCACUGAGGUCUGCUGAAGCUAGACAGCAAGUGGAGAGAGUUCUUGCCAUUUCCUCUUCUUAUUUUACCUGCCUUGUAUGACAAAUAUAUAUAUAUAUAUAUAUAUAUAUAUAUAUAUAUAUAUAUAUAUAUAUAUAUAUAUAUAUAUAUAUAUAAACUGUAAAUAAUAAUAUAGCCCUUUCUGUGGCUUUUUUUCCCUGUAGCGAUGUAUUUUCCCGUAAUAGAUGUGUCUAAAUCAAGUUAAAA